AUGGAAAAAGGUGCGAUCGCAGAGGAACCAGAGCCACGCUUUUACGUCCUGCCUCCGUUGUGGGGCACAUCUAAGGCCAAGCCUGCGAGUGCGUCGUACGCUGGCUUGAUCGGGCAAGCCAUCUUGGCAUCUUCCGACGGCCGUCUGAGCCUGGCGGAGAUCUAUGCCUGGAUCAACACCACUUUCCCCUUUUACGAGCGCGGAGAACGCGGGUGGCAAAACAGCAUCCGCCAUAACCUCAGCCUGAACAAAAGCUUUUAUAAGAUCGACCGU